AAUGUCGAAGAGAAAAGAAUGGGGGAACGGUUUUGGGAGAAAUUUCCACCAUUUUGAAGCACGGACAGAUUAUUGGAGAGAACGAGCAAAACAACGAAGAAUCUCUGAGCCUGAGCUGCGGCUAUGGCGACUGUACGGAUGAUAGAUAUAGCAGUCAACUUCACGGAUGGGAUGUUCAAGGGAAUCUAUAAUGGCAAGCAGUGCCAUGCUCCCGACAUUGUUACGGUCUUGAACAGAGCUUGGACUGCUGGCGUUGAGCGCAUCAUUGUGACUGGUGGAUCGCUGGAGGAAUCACGGGAAGCUCUUGCAAUUGCAGAAACUGAUGGGAGACUUUAUUGUACGGUUGGAGUGCACCCAACCAGAUGCAAGGAAUUUGAAGAUAGUGGGGAUCCAGAAAACCAUUUCCAGGCACUACUCUUGUUGGCUAAAGAGGGAAAACGAAAGGGAAAAGUGGUGGCAGUUGGUGAAUGUGGAUUAGACUAUGACAGACUCCACUUUUGCCCUGCUGAGAUUCAAAAGAAGUACUUUGAGAAGCAGUUUGAAUUAGCAUAUGCGACGAAGCUCCCAAUGUUUCUUCAUAUGCGUGCAGCUGCUGAAGACUUCUGCGAAAUCGUCGAGAGAAACAAGGACAGGUUCUGUGCGGGGGUGGCGCAUUCAUUCACUGGGACUUCAGAAGAACGUGAUAAGCUUCUUUCAUUUGAAAAUAUGUACAUAGCAGGUGUCAAUGGUUGUUCUCUGAAGACUGCAGAGAAUAUUGAUGUUGUAAAGGGUCUGCCUUUGGAGAGAGUGAUGAUUGAAACAGAUUCUCCCUAUUGUGAAGUCAAGAGCACCCAUGCAGGUAUUGGUCAUGUUAAGACCGUCUGGCCUUCCAAGAAGAAAGAGAGGUAUGAUCAGGAGAGCAUAGUCAAAGGUCGGAAUGAACCUUGUUUAGUUCGGCAAGUUCUUGAGGUGGUUGCUGGUUGUAAAGGUAUCGAAGACAUAAAUCAACUCGGUAACACUUUGUACCAUAACACAUGCAGGGUUUUCUUUCCUCAAGACUUGGAUACUGCAGCGGAUGCUCUUCUAGCAGGAAGUCCAACCCAGCCAACCAAAUGACAUCCUCAAACUUGCAUGUCUUACCUAUACAAUUUCCCAUGCUCUCCUUCAAAGAGCAAAGGAAGAACUCUUUUCAAUGCAUACUUAAUUUUGAUCACUUCAUAGUUGGCUGAUCUUGAACAGCCUAUAAGUAGCAAUGCUAGUUCUGUUGUGUGAUAUCGAAGCUGAACCAAUAUUUCAUUCUCCUUACCUUUCA